AUGGGUAACGCGUUAAAUCACGCUGUCGGUUCUUUUUCUGGAAAUGUAAAAAAUGAUAAUAAUAAUGAUAAUUCUACGGUUGGAGAAAAUUCUGGUGAACACGAGGAUUCCAGUUCCAAUUUUACAUCGGUCGAAGCAAUCGUCGAUAAAUUAUCAGAAGUAACAAAUUUAGCCGAACAAUUGGAUGCAACGAUAAACGUGGCACAAGCCGAAGGUUUGAAUACGUCAUCAACGGUCACGCCAAACACGAAACAAUUAUUGGAUGGAACAUCAUCGACAUCACCCGAAGAAUGGUACGCCAAUUUAAAAUCACCGAAAACGCCAAACACGUCGAGCGAUAGCAAAUCGGAAGAAGAAUUUUUAACGGCAUCCGAAUGCACGUGUACGCCGCCAUCGAGGUCAUCAUCGUUUCAAACUGCAUCGGAAGGUGGUGGUGCCAUGUCUCCGUGGUGGGAAUUGGAUACGGCAUCGGAUUCCGAAGGAAAAACUAAAACUGAAUCUUCUUCCGAAACCGUCAAACGAGUCGUCAAAUCACCCAUAAGAAUAAUCGAGAUAGCAGCAGAUGAACUUCAACCGGAAGAAACAACCGAUAACCCUGAUAAAACCGAUGAUUUACGUCCUCAACCAUGUUCGGAUAUCAAUUCAAAAAAACUUCUUCGUCCUGACAUGGCGUCGCAAAUAAUAACGGAAGCGAAAUUUCCAGAAUCUGAACCUUGCGCACACGAAAUAGUAAAACAUUUGACGGAAAUCGUCAAUCAACAAGAAUCGUUGAAUGCUUCUGCCGCGGCGCAGGGAGAACAAUCGUUCGAACCGGAAAUUCACAAACCGGAAACCAAAUACGAGGGUGACACGUCGUCUUCGCAAUAUUCGUUAGAACUUUUAAAUUCGGAACUUAAUUUAUCGACGCCGCGAAAUAAUCAUUCGCAAUCGCAAAGUUUCGAAACGGAUAACACGGAUUUAUCGUUGCCGAAAUUCAACGCGGAAAUCUCGUCGGAUUUCACACCGGAAGUCCCGAAAUUCGAUCAGAGUUUUAAAAUGGAAACGUAUUAUAGAACAGAAAAAACGUACGCGAUGACGAGUCGGAGAGAUUUUUCACUUCCGCAAAAAUUCAUAAGCGACGAAAGUUCCAAAAUAUAUUUGAUCGAUGCGUCGACGCCAUCGCCGAAAUCUAAGAGAUACGUGGACAGUUCGUUAGAUUCGUUGGAAUUAUAUCAGCAACCCGUUAGGAAAAUAGUCGAAGCGGAAAUACAUCAAAGAAACGAUGACGACGAGGAUGGUGACGGCGUCGGGGGUGACACGACGAAAUCAUUUAUCAUCGGUACCAAUUUGAACAAAGAGGAAGAAGAAGAAGAAGAAGUUUUUGAUAAGAGAGUUAAAGAGGUAAGGGAAAGGAGGAAACCGAUAACGACGAUCGAGGUGCAAAAUGCAGGAUCACCUUGCGCCUCACCUCCCGAUUACCAUUAUCAAUCGCAAAUUGCUAAAAUGGCCAUAAAAGGAGUUUUUUAA